GAGGUGUGUGUGUGUGUGUGUGAGUGUGUUAAGUCAGCAGAGUUUUCUUCGUCAGCCUGUCCAAGCUCUCAUUAGAGAGGAGGAAGCUCUCUAGACUCUUCCUUUUCAUGUCCUCAUCUCCAGACGCCUCCAUUGCAUCUGCAGGGAAAUGAGGGCUGAGGUGCUGGUGGUCUGGGUCGGGCUGAGCCUUUGUUGGGCUCUGGUCACCGCCGAAGAACCUGCGGAGGAGAAGCAGCUGUCAAAAGCCAAAGCUCUGGCGAGAGAACCCCGGGGGCUGAUCGGAGACGGGGCCACAUGGGACACUGAAAUGUCAGACGGGCCAGCUGAAGUUACAGUAGAGGAGAAGAGCAAAGCAAAGAAAAAGAAAAGCCCUGAGGAAAUCGAGGCCGCCAAAGCGAAGAAGGCAGCAGAGAAAGAGGCUAAAGCCAAAAAGCAGAAGGCUCCGAAGCCCACCAAGAAACCCAAACCGCCAAAGCCCACCAAGAAACCAAAGCCACCCAAGCCCACAAAGAGGCCAAAGACGCCCAAACCCACCAAGAAACCAAAGCUGGUGACGACCACGGCGCAGCCGGAGCGCCGCCUUCCUCCACUGGAGGAGGAGGAGGAAGUGGGUCUGGAAACAACGAAUCAACCCGAGUUUCCAACGGAGCCUGUUGAGCCAGACCUGGACAAAUGGAUCAGAGGACACAAGAAGCAAGCCACAACCACUGAGGUCAUCAUGUACAUACCAGAGGAAACCACGUCUGUUCCAUUCGUUGGUCCCUGGUAUGAAGAGUAUGAUUACUCAGACUUGGCUGAGGCAAUAGCAAAGAAACAACAAGAGGAGGAGGAGAGAGCCCGCAAAGAGAAAGCAGAAAAAGCUGAGCGGCAGAGGAAACAAUGGGAGGAGGAAGAGGCAGAGAGACUGAAGCAGGCAGCUUUUCCCGCUCAGCCAAAAAAGUGUCCUCCCCUGGGCUUGGAGUCUCACCGGGUGGAUGACGACCAGCUGCUGGCUUCCUCUCAGUCUCACCACGGCUUCGCGGCCCAGAGGGGACGCCUCAACAUGCAGAGCUCUGAAGAUGAGGAGGACAUGUAUGGAGGUGCCUGGUGUGCAGAGCCUGAGGACAAGGAGCACUGGUUCCAGGUGGACGCUCGGCGAGAGGUGGAGUUCACCGGCGUCAUCACCCAAGGGAGGAACUCGGAGCAACUGGAGGAUUUCGUAUCGUCCUACUUUGUGGCCUUCAGCAACGACAGCCGGGACUGGACGGUGCUGCAUGACGGCUACGCCGAAUGGCUCUUCUAUGGGAACGUGGAUAAAGAAACACCCGUAAUGAGUCAGUUCGCCUCACCGACGGUGGCGCGUUACAUCCGGAUCCUUCCCCAGAGCUGGAACGGCAGCUUGUGUCUAAGAGCCGAAGUCCUGGCCUGUCAGCUACCGAGCAGCUACCACAGCGAGAAUGAGGUCAACGCAUCUGACGAUCUGGACUUCAGACAUCACAACUACAAGGAGAUGAGACAGAUGAUGAAGGUGAUAAACGAGGAGUGCCCCAACAUCACAAGGAUCUACAACAUUGGGAAAAGCUCACAAGGCCUCAAGAUGUACGCCAUGGAGAUCUCAGACAACCCAGGCGAACACGAGACAGGUGAACCCGAGUUUCGCUACACAGCAGGUCUCCAUGGUAAUGAGGCGCUGGGUCGGGAGCUUCUCCUGCUGUUAAUGCAGUUCCUCUGCAAGGAGUACAGAGAUGAAAACCCAAGAGUGCGACGCCUAGUGGACGGAGUGAGGAUUCACCUGGUGCCAUCGCUGAACCCAGAUGCCUAUGAGAUGGCCUAUGAGAUGGGCUCAGAGAUGGGAAACUGGGCUUUGGGUCACUGGACUGAAGAAGGUUAUGACAUCUUCCAGAACUUCCCAGACCUGAACAGCAUCUUGUGGGGAGCCGAAGACAGAGGCUGGGUGCCUCGCAUUGUGCCCAAUCAUCACAUUCCACUGCCAGAGAACUUCCUUGGUGGCUCUCUUGCAGUUGAGACCAAAGCCAUCAUUUCAUGGAUGGAGCGCAAUCCAUUUGUGCUCGGAGCCAAUUUACAAGCAGGAGAAAAAAUGGUGGUGUAUCCCUUCGAUAUGCAGCGUCCUCCAAUUUCUUUAACCGACAGUCGGCGUUGGAGGGUUAACGCUGAGAUGAACGAAGAGACCUGGGCUCGUAUUCAGAGGCAGAACGAAGGAGCGCUCAGAGAGACUCCUGAUGACGCCAUGUUUCGCUGGUUGGCAAUGUCAUACGCACACAGCCAUCUAACCAUGACUGAGACCUAUCGGGGAUCCUGCCACGGUGAUGAUGUCACUGGAGGACAGGGCAUCGUUAAUAGAGCCAGCUGGAAACCAGUGGUCGGCAGUAUGAACGACUUCAGCUACCUUCACACCAACUGCUUUGAGCUCUCCAUCUUCCUCGGCUGUGACAAGUUUCCUCAUGAGAGCGAGCUGGCGCUGGAGUGGGAGAACAACCGCGAGGCUCUUCUGUCCUUCAUGGAACAAGUGAAUCGAGGAAUAAAAGGUGUAGUGAGAGACAUGGAGGGAAACCUGCUGCCUAACGCCACAAUAACCGUGGAGGGAAUCCGGCACGAUGUCAAAACCGCUGCCAGCGGAGAUUAUUGGCGGCUGCUGAAUCCCGGUGAAUACAAGGUGACGGCCAAAGCCGACGGCCACACGCCCCAGACGCGGCUCUGCAUGGUGGGCUACGACACUGGAGCUACGCCCUGCAGCUUCACCUUAGCCAAGUCCAACUGGAACCGCAUCAAAGAGAUUAUGGCGCGCAACGGGAACAGACCCAUUCGACUCGUCACCAAAACGAACAGGGUGAAGUCGACCGCUUCGAGCACCACCGCACAGCCCGCCGUCACAGGGGAGGAGAGUCAGGCCAACUCUCAGAGAGCCGAGCGACUCAGACUGAUGCGACUCAGACUGAUCCGUCGACGGUUGAGGUUAAGAGGCAGAGUCACCACCACCACCACCACCACCACCCUCCCAACAACAACAACAACCACAACCACAACACAACCGCCUGAUGCUGAGAGCACAACCUCCUGGUACGAAUCUUGGCUUUCUGUGGACAGAUAUACAGAGAACCCGUUUGACACCUUCAUAUUUGGUUCGGCGCCUACGCAAGAGUAUAAUUUUGAAUACACCAUUGAUUAGCAAAAAUAAACAAAUAAAUAAUAACUCACUAUCUAUCUGCACAACUCCUCAGUAACCACACAUUACAAACUACUACUUCUACCUACAGUCUUUUAAUGAGUUUUCUAAAGGUCUUUGUGAAGAGAUGCACCAAAAAAUUGUCAGAUUUUCAACUCGACUGAUCCGAAGCAGUGACUAGUAAGCCGGGAACUUUAAAUCUGAUCAGUAAACGCACCAUGUCAAAGAGCUAACAGUUGAAAAUACAGAUGUCUGUGGUUUGAAAGCGAUUGCUUAGACUUUCCAGGCCUACUUAUGUGCUGGAUAAUAUUAAGACAGGAAGCACAGAUGUAAGAUAACAGGAAGGCUGAACAUACACUGCUUGGGCAAAGAAAAAACUCACUCACUGUACUGGACUAAGUAAAGUGGAACAAGUUUCCUCGUAGAUAAUUAUUGCAUAAUCUUUGAGUCAGCAACAAGUUAUUGAACCCCAACUGAUGCAAUGUGUAAAAAUUAUGGUGAAAGUCAUAUCCUGUGGUUGAAGAAAAGAUAAGUCUUUAAGAAGGGUCAGUUUAUUGGCAUCAAGUAGAGAAAACAUCUAAGGAGAUUGCAGAAGCUUCUAAAAUUGGGUUCAGAACUGUCCAACACUUUAAAAACUGGAAGGGGAGAAAACCUGGGAAGCAACGUCCCCAAGGAAGACAUACGUCCUCAAGGAAGACAUAUGGUCGGAAAAAAAUCCUGAAUGGUCAUGAGCUGCGAUCACUUAAGUGUUCGGUGACAUCAAACCGAAGACUAACAGUGGAACUCGAUGCAAUGUUAUGUUUAAAAACAAAAGCAAGAGCAUUUUCACUCUCACAAUGUGGAGGCAACUGAAGGGACUGGGACUGAGCAGCCGUGCAGACAUAAGAAAACUACUGACGAAGGAGGAAAACUGGAGAAAAAGGAGCAUAAAAAGCGAUUUAACAGGGUCAGGCAAGUGAUGCAUCCAUCAUGUCUAGAGUCUCCAGAUCAUUGCAUAUGAUCACGAGUUGCUGCAGUUCUUCCAGUCAAGGUUUAGGUGACAACUUGAAUAGACUGAAUGACCGGGUUAUUCAGACUCGUCCUCCAACUCAACCACAGAAUCCAUUAAAAAUCUUUGGCAUGUUCUGGAGAAGUCUUUGCACAGUGGCCAGACUUUCUGCAUCAGCAGUAAAACAUCUUAGUGAAGAAUUCAUGCAACACUGGAUGUCUCUAUCUCUGAGUUUUCAGAACCUCAUCAAACUAAAGGUAGUCUGGGGAUGCAUUAGCGUGUGGCCUGUGUUUUUUUGACCAGGCAGUGUGAUACAACAACGUUGCCCUGUUCUAUCCUCGAGUGUCCGAUCUCUGUCAGUCAUUGAACAUGCUGGUUUUGGGAAUGUUGUCAGAAAUGUGGAAAUCUCCAAAUUAGAGGAUCGGAGUAUUCUAGAGCAGGGUCUCAAAAGUCGAAGCCUGGUAACCUGCAGAGUUUCGACGUGUCCCUGAUCCAACACACCGAAACAAAAGGGUUUGGUCUCCUCACCAGGUAGCCAUGUUCUUUAGAUAUCUGUCAAUGACCUAAUUAUUUGACUUAUGUGUGCUUAAGCAAAGAUGAUGCAUCUGAAUGUUGCAUGUAGGAUUUUUCAAAGCGUAGUUUGACGUCAGUUUUCUCGGUAAUGAAACUGAAGAUCGACGCCGACAGUCGCAAAUGAUAAGUGGCCAAUCUGAAGUCUGUAAUCAGUUUGAUUUUGUUUCAAAGGCAUUAAACUAAUGUUUUAAAGUAACACAUGGCAAAAUCUUCACAAAGCCAGAGACUGAAAAAUGGUCACAAAACUGGGAUCAGUGCCUCUCUUAUGAGUGAACAGAAUGGAUUUUUAUGAGGCUUUCACUUUAAAGUUAUCACUGAAUAAUCUGUGAUAACUUUAAAGUUAGGAGAAACUAAGGCAGUUUGCUGAGUUAGAGUCAAAUCAGAUUGAAAGUACAGGUACAUGUUUAAAGAUUGAACAUGUUCAGUAUUCUUUAUUACUCAUUAAAUAAAGUUAAAUUCAUAUACUAUACGGACUCAUCAUACAUAUAGUGAAAUAUUUCCAACCUUUAUUUUUGGUCAUUUUUGUGAUUAUGACUUACAGAAAAUGAAACUCAAAAUUCAGUGUCUGAGAAAACUGGAAUAUUGUGAAAUAUUGGAAAUCAUGAUGUCCCAGUCUAAUCAGCUAAUUAACCCAAAACACAUUGAAGCUGUAAAGGUUGAUUGGCCGUCAAACUCCCUUUCACAAUAUUCUCCAUUUUUUAGAUGCAUCUCUACGUUCCACUGCAAACCAAACAGAACGAGCAAUGUUUUCAUAAGCGUUUUGUUUUUGUAUCGUCUAUUUUUUUUACACUUAUUUCUUGUAAUGGCUGAAAGCAUUGAAAUAAAAUACAAGCUGAGGCGUCGUGGAUGGAGGGGAAACAAUAAAGGUUUAAAUAUACAA